AUGACUCGUCAAUUAUAUGACAAGAAGAAAUCAGGGUACAAGUUGCAAAAAGAAGAAAUGAAAGAAAUGUUUAGGGAGCAUGAUUUCAAUGGCGACGGUCGCUUGAGCAUUAAAGAAUUGUCGAGAGCAUUCGGCCAAUUUGGCGCAUUCUUCCCUCUCUACCGUGCAGCUUUUGGGUUGUUCCUUGCAGAUGAUGACGGCGAUGGAUUUAUCAGUGAGCAAGAACUAGAUAAAGUGGUAGAUUAUGCUAUUAAAUCAACCAGGCUACAGCUCUCCAGGGAGGAUAUAAAGGAGAUUUUUAGAGAGCACGACAUCGAUGGAGAUGGUCGAUUGAGCAUGAACGAGAUGGUGAAGGCCUUCGGGUGCUUUGGCAGUAUUCUUCCUUUCUACAAAGCACACUACGGAAUGGCUCAUGCUGAUGAGAAUGGCGAUGGCUUCAUCGAAGAGGAGGAGCUCGACAAGCUUGUCGACUAUGCCCAGAAGUUUCAGCACAAGAGAAAGUGCUGA